AUGCUCGGUCAAUCUCUCAGGGCCUCGCGCCAGUCGCUUGUUCGUCUUGCUAAGCAGCAGUCGGCCACCACCUUCCGCCGCACCUUUGUCACUCCCACUGCUGUCCGCCAAGCCGAUCUCGUCCAGGACCUCUACCUCCGCGAGCUCAAGGCCUACAAGCCUCCUACCGUCAAGGCCUCCGACUCCGAGGGCCAGGUCCAGAAGUUCUCUCUUCCCCAAGCUCCUGCUUCCCCCGAGGAGGCCGACAUUGCCAGCCAGCUCAGCGCAUACGAGACCCAGGAGGUCGAGGUCGAGGGUCAAUCCACCGAGGGCGGUGCUUCCCCCGUUGAGGACUGGUACUACUCCCACAACCAUCAUGCGCUACCACGAAUCGUCCAUACUAACUACCAUAUUUCAGGUNUCGAUGAGAGCGAGCUUGCCGACGAGGAGCCUGCCCACCACUAA